AUGAAGCCUUCUCCGCCUAAACAGUUAGCUGAACGUGUUAGACGUGAAUAUCUGACAGCCACACGCGGUGCCCUAAAUCAGCAACGUUCUCCGUCUACAGAAGCGGAACAAACUACGUUGGUUAGCGUUUGUAAACUGUAAUC